AUGGAGGCCCUGCAGAGGCAGCAGGCAGCCCGACUGGCCCAAGGGGUGGGGCCAUUGGCCCCUCAACGCCCAUUGCCACCACCACUACCUCCCUUGCCUGGCCCUCGGACCCUGCAGGCCCCUGAAAGGGCCUUGGGGGAGGUUGGGACUGAAGAAGAGGAGGAUGCAGAAGAGGAUGAGGAAGGGGAGGAAGCCGGGGCAGAGGAGGAGGCAGCCGAGGAAAGCCGUCCAGGGACCCAGGGCCCCAGCUCACCUUCAAGUCAACCCCCUGGACCUCAUCCCCAUGAAUGGACCUACGAGGAACAGUUCAAGCAGCUGUACGAGCUUGAUGCAGACCCCAAGAGGAAGGAAUUUCUGGAUGACCUGUUUAGCUUCAUGCAGAAGAGGGGGACGCCAGUGAACCGCGUGCCCAUCAUGGCGAAGCAGGUGCUGGACCUGUACGCGCUGUUUCGCCUGGUGACAGCCAAAGGCGGCCUGGUGGAAGUCAUCAACCGCAAGGUGUGGCGGGAGGUCACGCGCGGCCUCAGCCUGCCCACCACCAUCACGUCGGCAGCCUUCACCCUACGCACCCAGUACAUGAAGUACCUGUACCCGUACGAGUGCGAGACGCGGGCGCUCAGCUCCCCAGGGGAGCUCCAGGCAGCCAUCGACAGCAACCGGCGGGAGGGCCGUCGUCAGGCUUACACCGCCGCCCCGCUCUACGGCUUAGCUGGGCCUACACCUCGGGGUACUCCCGGCCAAGUCUCCGUUCCUGGCCCCGCCCCGCCCACACCCAGCCCACGCCCUGCCCAGGGCUCCGCCUCCGGCCUGCCUGCUCACGCCUGCGCGCAGCUGAGCCCGAGCCCCAUUAAGAAAGAGGAAAGCGGAAUUCCAACCCCUCGACUGGCACUGCCUGUGGGCCUGGCUUUGGGACCUGCAAGGGAGAAGUUGGCACCAGAGGAGCCCCCAGAGAAGAGGGCUGUGCUGAUGGGGCACAUGGACCCACCUCGACCUGGAGCUCCCCCUAGUUUCCUGCCCCGUGGCAAGGUUCCCCUGAGGGAAGAGCGGCUGGAUGGGCCUCUCAAUCUGGCAGGCAGUGGUAUCAGCAGUAUCAACAUGGCCCUAGAGAUCAACGGGGUGGUCUACACUGGUGUCCUCUUUGCUCGCCGCCAGCCUGUGCCAGCUUCCCAGGGCCCAACCAACCCUGUACCCCCACUCCCUACAGGGCCACCUUCCAGCACUUCACCCUGAGAACUCCCACUCAGAAUUAAGAGUCCCAGCCCCAAUGCUGAGUGGGGCCUCCCUCACCUUGAUUCUUCUAGGGCACCCAGUCUAGGACCCAGCCCUGGGAGAUGACACCCCCACCCCCACCCAUCCAUGCCCUGUGGACUUGAAGCCAAAGAGUUUUCUUUUGAUGUUACAUCUACCUCAUUGUAAAGGGAGAGCACCUCCUCCCUGACCAACUCCAGCAGCAUCUACCAAAGAGUUCUGCCCUCCCUAACCCCCAUCAUUUCCUCAUGUGCCUCCCUGUGUCAGUGUCAUCUCUAGGACCCCACCUCUUCAAAUCAGACCUGCUUCUCCUCAGAAGCCAGGUGAAGGGUUAGGUUGGGGUGUUGUGAAGGAGAUAUCCCUCAGGUCACAUCUGAAUAAUAAA